GGAUCUGGAAGGCAAUCAAAUAAAGUAUCUUACGAAUUCCACCUUUCUGUCGUGCGAUUCACUCACAGUGCUGUUUCUGCCUAGAAAUCAAAUUGAUUUUGUUCCAGAGAAGACAUUUUCUUCAUUAAAAAAUUUAGAAGAACUGGAUCUAUCUAGCAAUAUGAUAAUGGAGCUACCGUCCCACCUUUUUAAAGACCUGAAGCGUCUUCAAAAACUGAACCUGUCAUCUAAUCCACUCUUGUAUCUCCACAAGAACCAGUUUGAAAGUCUUAAACAACUUCAGUCUCUAGACCUGAAAAGGAUAGAGAUUCCAAAUAUAAACACACGAAUGUUUCAACCCAUGAGGAAUCUUUCUCACAUUUAUUUCAAAAACUUUCAAUACUGCUCCUAUGCUUCCCAUGUCCGAAUAUGUAUGCCCUUGACUGACGGCAUUUCUUCAUUUGAGGACCUCUUGGCUAACAAUAUCCUCAGAAUAUUUGUCUGGGUUAUAGCUUUCAUUACCUGCUUUGGAAAUCUUUUGGUAAUUGGCAUGAGAUCUUUCAUUAAGGCUGAAAAUACAACUCACGCUAUGUCCAUCAAAAUCCUUUGUUGUGCCGACUGCUUGAUGGGUGUCUACUUGUUCUUUGUUGGCUUUUUCGAUAUAAAAUACCGAGGGCAGUAUCAGAAGUAUGCCUUGCUGUGGAUGGAAAGCCUUCAGUGCCGUCUCAUAGGUUUCCUGGCCAUGCUGUCCACUGAAGUCUCUGUCCUGUUGCUCACCUACUUGACUUUGGAGAAGUUCCUGGUCAUUGUCUUCCCCUUCAGUAAUAUUCGGCCUGGAAAACGGCAGACCUUGGUCAUCCUCAUUGGCAUCUGGAUGGUGGGAUUUUUGAUUGCUGUAAUCCCAUUUUGGAAUGAAGACUAUUUUGGAAAUUUCUAUGGGAAAAAUGGAGUAUGUUUUCCACUUUAUUAUGACCAAACAGAAGAUAUUGGAAGCAAGAGGUAUUCUCUUGGAAUUUUCCUAGGUGUGAACUUGCUGGCUUUUCUCAUCAUUGUGUUCUCCUAUAUUACCAUGUUCUGUUCCAUUCAAAAAACCACUUUGCAGACGGCAGAAGUGAGGAAUCACAUCGGAAGGGAAGUGGCUGUUGCCAAUCGCUUCUUUUUUAUAGUGUUCUCUGAUGCCAUCUGCUGGAUUCCUGUAUUUGUCACUAAAAUCCUUUCCCUCUUCCAAGUGGAAAUACCAGACACAAUUACUUCCUGGAUAGUGAUUUUUUUCCUCCCAGUAAACAGUGCUUUGAAUCCUAUUCUCUACACUCUCACAACCAGCUUUUUUAAGGACAAGUUGAAACAGCUGCUGCACAAACAUCGGAGGAAAUCCACUUUCAAGAUUAAAAAAAAAAGUUUAUCCACAUCCAUUGUGUGGACAGAUGACUCCUCUUCACUUAAACGUGGGGUUUUAAAAAAAAUAAGCCUUGGGGACAGUAUAAUGAAACAAGUUUCCUAGCAAUGGAUUGGGAUCAGUGGACUUUCCAUAGACUGCCUAAGACAAGGGACAACUUUUGGAAGGUGACAUGUGCAAUGCUUUUCAUCUUUACCAAUGGCAA